GGAAGGAGUGCGGGUGGCGGCGGAAGAGGGCGAAGGAGGAGCAGGAGGGCGGCCGGCGGCAAGAUGUGGCGGGCGCCGGCGGGAGCGGCGGCCUGCGUCAUCUGUCGAAACCUCACAAAUGGGGUCCAUGGAGCGAGAGGGAAGCCGCUGCUGCAGAAACUGCACCUCGUUUCCCGGAAUAUCCACCAUUCCCGCCACCCCGUGUCCAGAUUUCAGAGGCCCCCAUUGCGGAGCUCAACGCAGCCCUUCUCCUCCCUCAACCGCCUCCCUUUGCACGGCUCCCGGCUCCUCGUGAAGUAUGGCUCCCCGCCCCACAGGACCUUCUGGCUGGGCAGAGUGGCCGCAAGGCUCCUGAAGCUGCGAUACAUCCUCCUCGGCUCCGCCGUGGGAGGGGGCUACACAGCCAAAAAGACAUAUGAACAGUGGAAGGACAUGCUGCCCGAUCUUGGCGAGUACAAGUGGAUUGUGCCCGACUUUAUCUGGGACCUUGACGAAUACGUAGACUUUGAAAAACUCAAGAACGCCCUCCCUGACUCGGAAGACCUGGCUAAGCUGAUGCCUGACUUCGACAAGAUCGGAGAGAGCUUCAGUUCCCUGACGGGCCUUUUCACGCCAGGUCACAAUUGGGUUAGUGAAGUCAUAGGAGCUUCUGGUCUACUUCUCUUGUUGGGUUCUCCUGGGGACACGGCCUUCCGAGCCACAGACCAAGGGAGCGAGCACGAGAAGCAGUUCAAGAAGGGCCUCCUGGGAGAACUCAUUUUCUUGCAGCAGCAAAUCCAGCAGCACGAAGAGGAGACCUCGCGCAGGGACCAGUUCGGCUCCUCCCAGCAGCAGCAGCAGCAGCAGAAGCGAAAGGUUUCCGACAAAGAGAAGGUGGACCAGCUGCAGGAAGAACUGCUGCGCACUCAGUUGAAAUACCAGCGGAUGCUGGAGCGUUUGGAGAAGGAGAACAAGGAGCUGCGGAAGAUCGUCCUGCAGCGGGACGACAAGGGCAUCCACCAGAGGAAGCUGAAGAAGUCCCUGAUUGACAUGUAUUCAGAAGUCCUGGACACUCUCUCGGAUUACGACGCCAGCUACAACACUCACGACCAUUUGCCGCGGGUGGUGGUGGUUGGGGACCAGAGUGCCGGGAAGACCAGCGUCCUGGAGAUGAUCGCCCAGGCCCGAAUUUUUCCACGCGGCUCCGGAGAGAUGAUGACCCGCUCCCCCGUGAAGGUCACCCUGAGCGAAGGCCCUCACCACGUGGCCCUCUUCAAGGACAGCUCCCGGGAGUUUGACCUCACCAAGGAGGAGGACCUGGCAGCCCUGAGGCACGAGAUAGAGAUCCGGAUGCGGAAGAGCGUGAGCGAAGGCUGCACCGUCAGCUCAGAGACCAUCUCCCUCAGCGUUAAAGGGCCGGGCCUCCAGAGGAUGGUGCUGGUGGACCUGCCAGGCGUCAUCAGCACGGUGACUUCGGGGAUGGCUCCCGACACGAAGGAGACCAUCUUCAGCAUCAGCAAGGCCUACAUGCAGAACCCCAACGCCAUCAUUCUCUGCAUCCAAGAUGGAUCGGUGGAUGCGGAGCGCAGCAUCGUCACAGACCUGGUCAGCCAGAUGGACCCUCAGGGCAAGAGGACCAUCUUUGUCUUGACCAAAGUGGACCUUGCCGAGAAGAACGUGGCCAGUCCCAGCAGGAUCCAGCAGAUCAUUGAAGGCAAGCUCUUCCCCAUGAAGGCUCUCGGCUAUUUUGCAGUCGUCACAGGAAAAGGAAACAGCUCAGAGAGCAUUGAAUCUAUUCGAGAGUACGAAGAGGAGUUUUUCCAGAACUCCAAACUGCUGAAGAACUGCAUGCUGAAGGCCCACCAAGUGACCACCCGGAACCUGAGCCUGGCCGUCUCCGACUGCUUCUGGAAGAUGGUCCGGGAGUCUGUGGAGCAGCAGGCCGACGCCUUCAAAGCGACCCGCUUUAACUUAGAGACGGAAUGGAAGAACAACUAUCCCCGUUUGCGGGAACUGGACCGGAACGAAUUGUUCGAAAAGGCCAAGAACGAGAUCCUUGACGAAGUCAUAAGCUUGAGCCAGGUGACGCCCAAGCACUGGGAGGACAUGCUGCAGCGGUCUCUGUGGGAGAAGGUCUCCACGCACGUGAUAGAAAACAUCUACCUUCCGGCCGCACAGACCAUGAACUCAGGGACCUUCAACACCACCGUGGACAUCAAGCUCAAGCAGUGGACGGACAAGCAGCUGCCCAACAAGGCUGUGGAGGUGGCCUGGGGGACGCUGCAGGAGGAGUUCUCCCGCUUCAUGACGGAGGAGAAGUGCAAGGAGCACGACGACAUCUUCGACAAGCUCAAGCAGGCGGUCAAGGAGGAGAGCAUCAAGCGGCACAAGUGGAACGAGGGGGCCGAGGACAGCCUGAGAGUGAUCCAGCACAACGCCUUGGAGGACCGCUCCAUUUCGGACAAACAGCAGUGGGACGCGGCCAUCCAGUUCAUGGAGGAGACGCUGCAGAGUCGCCUGAAGGACACGGAAUCCGUCAUUGAGGACAUGGUGGGCCCGGACUGGAAGAAGAGGUGGCUCUACUGGGUGGGGCGCUCCAAGGAGCAGAGCAUCCGCAAUGAGACGAAGAACGAGCUGGAGAAGAUGAUGAAGUGCAACGAUGAGCACCCGGCCUACCUGGCCAACGACGAGGUGACCACUGUCCGGAAGAACCUGGAGGCCCGAGGGGUGGCCGUCGACCCCUGCUUGAUUAAAGACACCUGGCACCAGGUGUACAGGCGGCACUUCCUGAAGAAGGCCUUGGGGCACUGCAAUCUCUGCCGGAGGGGCUUCUAUUACUACCAGCGGCACUUUGUGGACUCCGAGCUGGAGUGCAAUGAUGUGGUUCUCUUCUGGCGCAUCCAGCGCAUGCUGGCCAUCACCGCCAACACCUUGAGGCAGCAGCUGACCAACACAGAAGUGCGGCGCCUGGAGAAGAACGUGAAGGAAGUUCUGGAAGACUUUGCGGAGGAUUGUGAGAAGAAGAUGAAGCUUCUGACCGGGAAAAGGGUCCAGCUGGCCGAGGACCUGAAAAAAGUCCGGGAGAUCCAGGAGAAACUUGAAGCCUUCAUUGAGGCCCUCCAUCAAGAGGAGAAGUAGGCGGCGGGCGCAGUUGGGCCUCUUCAGCCAGGACAAAGCCCCCUCCAGAUCACGCGCGGCCCCCACCUGAGCAAGCGGAGCCCUCCUUCUCUUCCCCCCCCCCCCCCCCCCAAUUUCUGUCUCCCACGACUGUCUCAAACGCCGUGUCCCACCUGCAAGAUGCCUCGCUGUUGGUUGAGUGAUGAGAACGGCCCUCCCUGGCGCCCAAGCCCAGUCCCUUCGCCUGGGAGGGAGGAGCUGCGGAGCCCUCCACGUUGGCCUUGGCUGGCUGCUCAUUGCAGCUUUUUGUCUCUUUCCUCGAGAGGAAGGGCGCUUUCGGCCUGCAACUCUGCUUUUGAGGCUCCUCCUCAAGCGGUUUUGGCCAAACUUGGCUGGGCUCCGUUGUGUCCAAAGGAAAAAGACCCGGGGAGCAUCAAAUAAAAAAAUGAAUCUUUGUACAGAGAUAUAUAUAUAUUGGUGACGCCACCAAAGCAUCCUUGUUUGAGUGUGCAAAGCAGUGUGCUCGUGUGCUCCCAAGUGGCAAAACAAAGUGCUUUAAGUAUUGGUUGAGAAACAACGUCUUGGAGAAGAAUGGAUGGACCCGGUUGAGGCAUUUCAGAGAAGUCUAGCUGGGAAGGUUGGAGAGUGUUUCCAGCCUGUUUCCGGGUUUGUGGCUCUCGUGCAGUGAACGCCGUGCCUCCCGCUCUCCGUUUGCCUGCAGUUCUUGUCUUCUGUCAAACACAUUUCAAGUUCCCUUCCUUGUGCUUGCCACUCAUUGUGAGCACGAUGCCUGGAGAAGCGUCUGGCCUGAGUGAUAGGAAUCCAUGUGGGGCCCCCAACUUCAGAGGGAGAAGGGGGCGACCCCCCAAAAGCCUUCCCUUGGUCAAACUCUGUCCUCUUGGUGCAGUGCCUGCAAGAGAGGAUGGCUUGCUCCCACGUUCCUCCUUCCAACCAGCCACACCUUCGCCCCUUUGGGUGCAAUGGAGGGAGUGCCAGUGUGGGAGACCCCCACUUCAGCCCCCCCCCCCCCCAAAAAAAAACACUAGUCCUGUGCUGAUGGCCUCUUCCUCUCCACUGCCAGUUCCUCCCUUGAUGCAUGUCAUGGGGAGAGUGAAUCCUCUCCCUUCCCAAGUUGACCUAACUCUCCCUUCCUCCCCCCCGCCCUGAGACCCCCACUCUCCCCCCCCGCCGCCUCUGCCCACCCCCUCCUUCCCUAUUUCCUGGAUUAAGAUGCUUCCCUUCUCCUUGCGUUGGCUCCCAAAUGGCCUGCAGAAGGCUUGAGUUUCUGGGCCUCUGGUGGCCCUUGUUUGGGUGGGACAAGGUGGUGAUGCCUUGGCUCUUGCUGGAGGAAGAAGAGGAGGAGGAGGAGGAGGAGGAGGAGGAGGGCGAGUCCACUUCUGCUUUCGUUUCUGGUCCAGAGAAGCAGGCUGACCCACUGGCCCUCCACCCUUGGCUGGCAGGAUGGGGAACACCAUGCAAGUGGCACCUUCAAGGUCUCUUUGCAAGAAGGAAACGGAAGAGCUCCGACCUCCUUGGCAUCUCCUCCUGGACUGGAAUGAGCGACAACGUGGUGGAAGGAGUCCUUGCUGAAGCUGCCGGUCUUGCCAGGCCGCCCAGGCUGGUGUGGCCGCUCAGCCCACGCCCUCCUUGCCCCGAGAGGCCCUCUGCGACUGGCACACACCACACGGAACACGCACCUGGCACCUGGAGCACUUUGGGGCCCUCGGCCUCGGCCGCUGACCGGAGAAUCCGCAUGAUGUAUCCGGUGGGAGUUUGUUAUUUAUUGAAUGCAGGUGUCCGGGGAGGAGGAGGAGAAGCAGCUCAAUAAAUGUAGGAUUGGAACA